CAUUGAUUGUAGUGUGAAAUUUAUUGGACUUCCUUGUUCCUUCCCUUAUCAUUACUAUUUACUACAGUUCUACAGUCCUGCUCAUUCAUUCCUCCUCACAUUAUUGAUUAUAUCAGUGACAAUAUUUAUUCAUAAUUCCUUUCUCCAUCAACUUUCUCUUCUUCCCAAACAUCCCAUUCCACCAUUUAUUGCUAUUAGCUCUUCAAAAAUAACUUCUCUAUCUAACCCAUCAAUCAAUACUAAAAAAGUUGCAUCUUUUUUGGAGCAGAAUUCUUAAUAUGCAAAAAAAUUAAAUACCCACAUACAUAUUACUGCAAAUCUCCAUUGUUGUAGUAUGCUAGUAUCGAGAUGAUGAUGUCGGAAAAGUUAGUUAACUCAGUAACUCAGUGGUCGAUUCUUAGACUGACUCGCCGAGUUGGGUUUUUGGUAUCUUUGACAUUAUUAGCUUUAUUGUUGGUUUGGAGCAUUGAUCAAUCUGCAGUUACUCUUGUACUAGAUUUUUGGAGGUACCCAGAAGAAUCUUUUACUCAAAUACUUGAAAAAUCUACUAAUUUUUCUCUUUCAUGUUCUCAAAAUUCGACAUUAUGUAGUGAAUUUAAUGCUACCCAUGUGAAUUUUGUCAAAGAUAGCAAUGUUAUUUUGCCUAGAACUGAAAACCCAGAUGAGAUUUUGGUUAAUCAGAAUCAGAUUAAUGCCAACAUUCAAUCUGGGUUAGUUGAUAGAAUAAGUGAUCUUGAGCAAUCUAAGGGGAUUUCAGGUCAUGUUUUGGGUAAAUUUGAUCCAAAAAAUGAAUCAGGAAACCCUAAUCAUGUGUUUGAUUGGGUUUCAGUUGAAAUUGAGCAGAAUUUUAGUUCAAAUCUUUUAUCUAGAUGGUUGGCACCAGGGGCUGAUCCUUGUAAAGAUUCUAAAACAGUUGAUAUUAAAUUUGUUAACUUUGAUGAUUGGAAACCAAUUGAAUUAUCAACUGGGAAAUCUCAUGAGGUGAUUUUUCAAGCAUUAGAUGAGUUCGGAAAUCUUAAUUGUAUUGGGGGUGAUUAUUUUGAGAUUGAUUUGUCUGGUGAGUUAUGGAAAUCCCGACCACCGAUUAAGGAUUUGGGUAAUGGAACUUAUUCAUUUACUCUCCAAGUUCAUCCUGAUUUUGCUGGCACUUAUAACCUCACAAUCAUCCUACUUUUUCGGCAUUUUGAAGGAUUGAAGUAUUCGACUGCUCGAUUUGGUUAUGAUAAGCAGCUUCGAAACUUUUCGGUUAGAUUUUCUGAAUCUAAAGCUGCAUUGCCUGAAUUGCAUGUGUGUAGAAAGUCUGAUUUUGGUAGAGAUGUUUGGGCGGGGAGGUGGACAAGGCAUGCUAAAAAUGAUGCUUGUGAGAUUAGCAAUGAUGGGCGAUAUAGAUGUUUAGAGCCCGACUAUCCUUGCGCUAACCCAUGGUGUAACGGCUCAUUGGGAAUGCUCGAAAGCAAUGGGUGGGUUUACUCCGCCCAUUGUUCUUUCAAGCUGUUUUCUUCGGAUGAUGCUUGGAAUUGCUUAAAUAACCAAUGGCUUUUCUUUUGGGGCGAUUCAAAUCAUGUUGAUACAAUUCGCAACAUUUUGUUCUUCUUUCUUCGAGUGCCAUACCAAGAACUAGACGCGGUCUCUAGACGUUUUGAUAAGAAGUUUACGAACCCGAAAGAUGAAUCACAGUCUAUUAGAAUUACAAACAUCUUUAAUGGUCAUUGGAAUAUGACCAUGAACUAUCAAGGCUUAAAUUCACUAUCCAAUGAAGGAUACCGGGAUUUGGUCAAGAGCUUCUUCAAUGGCUCGACUGUUCCUGAUACUGUUAUAUUCAAUUCCGGUUUACAUGAUGGGAUUUAUUGGAAAAACGUUAGGAGAUUCAUUGGCGGAGCAGAAUUUGCCGCCUCAUUCUGGAAAGAUAUGAUAGACGGUGUAAGGAACAAGGGUUUAAACGCACCAAAUUUCAUUUUCAGGUCAACAAUCACGACAGGAGGAUAUGCUCGAACGCUUCAAUUCAAUCCUAGUAAAAUGGAGGCUUUUAACGGCAUCCUUCUAGAGAAACUAAAGGCAGUCGGAUUGGUUACUGGGAUUAUAGAUGAUUUCGACAUGACAUGGUCAUGGCAUUUUGAUAACAGGUGCAAUGAUGGUGUACAUUAUGGAAGAUUUCCGGCCAAAAUGAGAUGGAGAGAUGGACAAAUCGGGCAUCAGUAUUUUGUCGAUUUAAUGCUCGGUCAAGUCCUGUUGAACGCAAUGUGUGCACAAUGAUACAGUUAUCGUACUGAGAUUCAUUUUCAGCCGACAUUUCAAGGCUGGUGCGAUCCCACGCCACAGAAAGGAUCAUUAAAUUCGAGUCAUCGAGCUAGUUUGUGCCUCGCCAAGUGGCUUUGAUCAGAUAUGGUUACAUGAGCAGUAGAGCAUUUGUAUAAUUUGUCUAGUCUAGUAUGUUCAUUUUUUCAUUACAUAUUCAUAUCAGCUGAGCUGAAUUUUAGGUUAUAUAUGUGCAUAUUAGUUAAGACUACGUUUCAAAUAUAGGUA